UACACACAUACAUAUAUAGUCUCUUUUUAUAUAUGGCAAUUGUAUCCUCCACAACAAGCAUCAUUCCCAUGAGUAACCAAGUCAACAAUAACGAAAAAGGUAUAGAAGACGAUGAUCACAGAGGCGGCCAAGAGAGUCAUGUCCAAAAUGAUGAUGAAGCAGAUGAUCAUGAUCAUGACAUGGUCAUGCCCGGAUUCAGAUUCCAUCCUACCGAAGAAGAACUCAUAGAGUUUUACCUUCGCCGAAAAGUUGAAGGCAAACGCUUCAAUGUAGAACUCAUCACUUUCCUCGAUCUUUAUCGCUAUGAUCCUUGGGAACUUCCUGCUAUGGCGGCUAUAGGAGAGAAAGAGUGGUACUUCUAUGUGCCAAGAGAUCGGAAAUAUAGAAAUGGAGAUAGACCAAACCGAGUAACGACUUCAGGAUAUUGGAAAGCCACAGGAGCUGAUCGGAUGAUCAGAUCGGAGACAUCUCGGCCUAUCGGAUUGAAGAAAACCCUAGUUUUCUACUCCGGUAAAGCCCCAAAAGGCACUCGUACUAGUUGGAUCAUGAACGAGUAUCGUCUUCCUCACCAUGAAACCGAGAAAUACCAAAAGGCUGAAAUAUCAUUAUGCCGAGUGUACAAAAGGCCAGGAGUAGAAGAUCAUCCAUCGGUACCACGUUCUCUCUCCACAAGACAUCAUAACCAUAACUCAUUAUCAUCAUCCCGUUUAGCCUUAAGACAACAACAACACCAUUCAUCCUCCUCUAAUCAUUCCGACAACAACCUUAACAACAACAACACCAACAAUCUUGAGAAGCUCUCCACCGAAUAUUCCGGCGACGGCAGCACCACAACAACAACCACAAACAGUAACUCUGACGUUACCAUAGCUUUAGCAAACCAAAACAUAUAUCGUCCAAUGCCUUAUGGCACAAGCAACAACACAUCGAUAAUCUCUACGAGUAAUCAAGACGAUGAUGAAACCGCCAUUGUUGACGAUCUUCAAAGACUAGUUAACUACCAAAUAUCAGAUGGAGGUAACAAUAUCAAUCACCAAUACUUUCAAAUUGCUCAACAGUUUCAUCAUACUCAACAACAAAAUGCUAACGCAAACGCGUUACAAUUGGUGGCGGCGACUACGGCAACAGCGCUAACGCCUCAAACGCAAGCAGCGUUAGCUAUGAACAUGAUUCCUGCAGGAACAAUUCCAAACAAUGCUUUGUGGGACAUGUGGAAUCCAAUAGUACCAGAUGGAAACAGAGAUCAUUAUAUUAAUAUUCCUUUUAAGUAAUUUAACUAGAUCAUGAUUAUUAUCAAUUACAAUAAUUAUUAAUGCUGCUUUGCCAUAUUUUCAUACUCGUUAUAUAUUGAUAUAGCGAUAGACAAUGAUUGAUUACUGCGAGUUUAUGUAAUGGAACUGAUUCUCAACAUAUAUAGUCAAUUAAGUAGUUUUGUUUCUUGUGUUAAA